UGAAAGUGCGAGGCGGAGGCGAGGUCACGGUCUAGACCGCGACAAGAGCAAGGGUAGACGCUGCCGUAUAUAAGCUGCUGGGUAGCGCUGGCAGUUGCAGCAGACCCCAGAUAGCCGCAGAGCUGGACAGGUCUAACAUGGGCGCCACAAUACCGCUGACUUGUGCGGUGCUGGCGCUGCUAAUCGCCACCAAUGAGGCGACAUUCGGCAAGGAACAUGUUCACAUUCGGGUACACAUACCUGAAAUAAUCAAGGAAGUUCACCAUGAGCAAAAAGAGAUAGUUCACGUAGAAGACCACAAGCACCACGAAAUUCACGACGAUCACGGCGGCGGUGGAUUCGGAGGUGGCGGCGGUGGCUACGGAGGAGGUGGUUUCGGAGGAGGUGGCUACGGAGGAGGUGGCUACGGAGGCGGCGGCUUCGGAGGAGGCUAUGGAGGAGGUGGUCAUGGAGGUGGAGGUGGAGGUCACGGCGGCGGCGGCGCAACUAUAAUCAAAAUCAUAGGCGGUGGAUUUGGAGGAGGUGGUGGUGGUCACGGCGGUGGAUACGGAGGAGGUGGUUUCGGCGGUGGUGACGAUCACCAUGGAGGCGGAGGAGGUGGUUACGGUGGCGGAGGAUUCGGAGGCGGUGGAUUUGGAGGUGGAGAUGACCACCACGGAGGAGGAGGAGGAUACGGCGGUGGUGGAUUCGGAGGAGGUGGAUUCGGUGGAGGAGACGAUCAUCACGGUGGAGGAGGAGACGGUGGUUACAGCUACGGAGGCGGUGAUAGCUACAGUGGAGGAGACAGUUAUAGUGGAGGAGGUGGUCAUGGAGGCGGAGGCGGUGGAUAUAGCUACGGAGGAGGAGAUAGCUACAGUGGAGGUGGUGGAUUUGGAGGCGGACACAAUGACAUUGGUGGAGACGACGGUGGAUACAGCUAUGGAGGCGGUGACAGUGGUCACGGAGGUGGUGGAUACGGAGGCGGAGGAGGCUUUGGAGGAGGUCAUGGAGGUGGUUUCGGCGGCGGAUACGGAGGCGGCGGUGGAUAUGGAGGUGGUCACGGAGGCGGCGGUGGUUAUGGAGGUGGUCACGGAGGCGGCGGCGGCGGCUACGGAGGUGGAGGUGGUUUCGGAGGAGGUGGACAUGGGUGGGAAGACGAUAAGAAAUAAGUUACCUUGCCAUAAAUCAUCGUGAUCUUCAUCAAUCUCAUCUUAUCAUCAAAUGAUCGUCGAUUCGCCAACCGAUCAUCACCAGAGGACUCGCCAUCUUCCCCUGGAUAACCUUACCUCGCCGUACAGUACAACUUCUUACUCACCAUUCUUUCUCUCUAGCUUAUGAAGCACCGACUGAACUCUUCUUGUUGAUUCCUUUUUAUUGUUAUUGUUUUUCGUUAUUGUUGUGAAUAUCAUGUAAAUACGGAUACGUGUGAAUGUCGAAUAAAAGCGUGUUUAUAGUAAAGAG